AUAAACUGUCCCAUUCACUGGAGGUAGAGUUCUGGGAAAGCCCCUCACACUUCGUUCCGUCCGGCGUCUCACUCCACAACGAUCCUCGUCGGCGAUCCAUUCCAUCACCUGAAAAGUCGACGGUUCACUCUCUUCCAUUACCAAUUGGAGAAUCCACGGGCAAUUAUCAAGGUUAGAAAAGGGAUUGGGUAUGGCAUUCAAUAGAUGGUCCAUGGUGAUUCGCAAUGCUAUUGGCAGCAGCUGGAGUCAAAAGACCUGUACAUUUAGUGCUGCAGCUUCCUCAGCUCCUUGCAGUUGGAGGAGAUCAUUGUGCCGGAAUUGGUCCUCCAUGUCUUCUCAGUCUACCUCGUCAUAUCAUUUGAAUGGCGGGCCUUCUUACAUGAAAGGCUUUGUGUUUUGGGAACCUAAUAAGCCUCUCUCUAUUGAAGAAUUCCACAUGCCUCGCCCCAAGGCUGGUGAAGUUCUAAUCAAAACCAAGGCCUGUGGGGUUUGCCAUUCUGACCUUCACGUCAUAAAGGGUGAACUUCCAUUUGCUAGUCCAUGUGUUUUGGGCCAUGAGAUCACUGGUGAGGUGGUUGAACUUGGGCCCCUCACAGACAAAAGAAUCAUUGAAAGAUUUCCAGUUGGAACUCAAGUGAUUGGAGCUUUUAUCAUGCCUUGUGGUAGUUGUUUCUUCUGUUCUAAGGGACAAGAUGACUUAUGCGAGGAUUUUUUUGCAUAUAAUCGAGCAAAAGGAACCCUUUAUGAUGGUGAAACACGGCUGUUCCUCCGCAAGAGUGGCAAACCAGUGUAUAUGUAUAGCAUGGGAGGACUGGCCGAAUACUGUGUUGUGCCAGCACAUGCGUUGUGUGUUCUGCCAAACACGUUGCCAUAUACAGAAUCUGCUAUUUUGGGAUGUGCAGUUUUUACUGCCUACGGUGCUAUGGCUCAUGCAGCUGAAGUUCAUGCUGGGGAUACUGUUGCUGUCAUAGGGAUUGGGGGUGUUGGCUCGAGUUGCUUGCAGAUAGCAAGGGCAUUUGGUGCCUCUGAGAUCAUUGCUGUUGAUGUUCAAGAUGAGAAACUGCAAAAGGCAAAAACACUUGGAGCUACUCAAACUGUAAAUGCAAAACAUGAGAAUGCUGUUGAAAAGAUUAAAGAAAUAACUGGAGGAAUGGGGGUAGAUAUUGCUGUGGAAGCCCUUGGAAAACCGCAGACCUUUUUGCAGUGUACACUAAGUGUACGGGAUGGAGGAAAAGCUGUAAUGAUUGGACUAACAGACUCUAGUGCCAGGGGUGAGGUAGAUAUAAACCGCCUGGUCCGUAGGCAGAUUAAAAUAAUAGGGUCCUAUGGAGGCAGAGCACGGCAGGAUCUUCCGAAGCUGGUUAAGCUGGCAGAAAGUGGUAUCUUCAAUCUGAGGGCUGCGGUUUCAAGAAAAUGCAAAUUUGAGGAGGCUGGUCAGGCUUACCAAGAUCUGAACCAGGGGGCCAUUGUUGGGCGUGCUGUUGUGGAGAUAAUGUAGAGUCCCCUUUCUUUCUUUUACCUCUCUUUCAUGUAGUCGGUUUGUUCAGUUGAGUUAUUCGGGGAGGGAGGUGCCUGUUUGGUGUUUGCUGUUUGCUGUUUGCUGUUUGUUAGAACAAUAAUACUGGAGAAUCGUGUAUACAUAUAUUAUUUUGUUUGUAAUGUAUCAUAGAAGUGUAAGGUUCCGCAGCCUUUCCAAACAAAAAUGAAAACUGAAUUAAGUUUUUUCA